CCCCGACCCGCCGCACCCCGCUCCGGGACGGAGCACCCCUGAGCCCGGCCUCCAGUGGACUCCAUGGCGUCGCGUCCCCCUGGCAGAGUCAGGAAGCUCCCUGUUGGCUACCCAUUGAUCCAGACCCAAGCCUCGCUGGGUCCUGCUGGCCGUCUCUGGGAUCUUGCUGCCCACUGUGGCAGUCGUGUCCACUCUGCUUCUGCCAGUCCAGCACCAGCCUCCUGCUGAAGAAUCUUACCUUCCCCUCCCAGAGCCCAGAUCUGUAACAGCCCCUCCAACCACCGCUGGGCUGUGAGGACAGUCUCCACCAUCUUCCCCGUGACCCUGUGCCUCCUGCGCCAGCUCAUUCUUUAGCCUGGAUAAAUGGACUCCCUGGAGCCUGUCCAAGGAAUGGAGUCAACCCGAGGGUUUGGUCUUCCAGCUGGGAAAACUGAAGAUCAGAGAGAGAAGUGCCGGGUCCAAACCAGUAAUAGCAUCGGGAUUGAAGUUCCACUCCAUUUAUAUCCAAAGCCAAGAGACAUCAGUUGUCACGGAACAGGGACAGAAAAGCCCGCAGCUGAGGAGCUGGGAGCUGCAACCACAGGAGGGAGCCUCAGUAGAGCCUCCAGCUGACAGCUUGAUCCUGAGCCACGACCACCCAGCAGAGCCACACCUGGGUUCCUGACCCUCAGCAUGGGCGUCUCCCGUGGCAUGCCCCCGACUUGGCCUGGCUCAGCUGUGGUCUCCGUCCCCUGUGUGUGAGCAGAGACACCUUCGCUGGCCCCACGGGGUUGAGGGAAGAGAGCUGUGCGGGCUCAGAGCCAGGGCCGAGGGACAGCGGAGUCAUAACCAGACGCAGGGAGUCUCCCCCCAACUGCCCAGUCGGAUCUCAUCUCAUUCUUGCCUGGAAUUCACUGUAAACCAGACACCAUGUCAAAUGGCAACGAAUUGAAGCAAAUGGGAUUGUAUGCAAUGGACUUGACACAGGUUUAUCCAGCACUGGCAGGGACAAAGGUCCACCCAAGUGCCAGUGGUGAAGCCUCAUCCCCACCUUUCCCUGAAGAGCCAUGACGCUUGCAAGAAGAGCUUGUGGGGCCCGACAUCACCGUAGCUGACAUCUGUGGAAAAUGCAGCCUCUGGUAGCAGGCCCCUGCCACGAGGGAAGGGUGGUCUGGAGAGAAGGCCCACCUCGUACCAUCCAAACCACGCCGGCCCAUCCUGGCCCCCGGCUCAGCCAGGACCGAUCCACCAUGCCUGAGGUCAAAGACCUUUCGGAAGCCCUGCCAGAGACAUCGAUGGACCCCAUCACAGGAGUGGGGGUCGUGGCUUCUCGGAACCGGGCCCCGACGGGCUACGAUGUAGUGGCACAGACGGCAGAUGGUGUGGAUGCUGACCUCUGGAAAGACGGCUUGUUUAAAUCCAAGGUUACCAGAUACCUGUGUUUCACGAGAUCAUUUUCCAAAGAAAAUAGCCAUUUAGGGAACGUGUUAGUGGACAUGAAGCUCAUUGACAUCAAGGACACGCUGCCUGUGGGCUUCAUCCCGAUUCAGGAGACGGUGGACACACAGGAAGUGGCUUUUAGGAAGAAGAGGUUGUGCAUUAAAUUUAUCCCACGGGAUUCAACUGAAGCUGCAAUUUGUGACAUUCGGAUCAUGGGCCGGACCAAGCAAGCCCCUCCUCAGUACACCUUUAUUGGGGAACUGAACAGCAUGGGGAUCUGGUAUCGAAUGGGCAGAGUGCCGAGAAACCACGACUCAUCUCAACCCACAACGCCCUCCCAGUCGUCAGCUGCCUCCACCCCGGCCCCCAACCUUCCCAGGCACAUUUCUCUAACGCUACCUGCUACCUUCCGAGGCAGGAACAGCACCCGCGCCGACUACGAGUACCAGCAUUCCAACCUGUACGCUAUAUCAGCAAUGGACGGUGUGCCUUUCAUGAUUUCAGAGAAGUUCUCCUGCAUUCCGGAAAGUAUGCAGCCCUUCGACCUCCUGGGAAUCACCAUCAAGUCUCUGGCAGAAAUUGAAAAAGAGUACGAGUACAGCUUCCGGACAGAGCAGAGCGCCGCCGCCAGGCUCCCGCCCAGCCCCACCCGGUGCCAGCAGAUCCCCCAGUCCUGAGGGGCCCGCGCCAGCCUCGGGGAGAAGACGCAUCUGCCCUGACUACUGAGCGCCCCGCGCCCUCCACACCGCCUGCCAGGGCCGUCCGGGGGGCGCUGAGCUGUCACAUCCCGGCCAUCACCUGCCUGACGUGACGCCCCCGCCCCCCGGGGGCCAUUGUUCCUAAUCGUGACUAAUCUGCGUGCUGCAGCGCCAGCACCCCUAACCUGUCUGUGUGCUGACCAGUUGUCCCCGCGGGGGCCGCCUCCUGACGCCGCUGGCCCCCUUGCUCCUGACUGUCACCCGCCCCUCAGGCGUGACCUUCCUUCUGGAAGGCUCCAGGGCGGUGGAGGAGCCGGUCCCUUGCUGACCGCGUCGCCGAGGGGCCCUCGUGCGCUCCCCCCCACUGUGAACGCCUCGGGACUUGUCCCGCAAACACUGGACCAGCUGAGGUGGGGAGCGGCCCUUGGUGGGCCCCGCCUCCCGGCCGAGAAGGUUGGGGCUCCUUCUCCCACAAAGGGCUCGGCCCGUUGUCCACGUGCCAACAGCAGCUGCACCUGCCGCGGCCCGGAGACCACAGACCUCGGGGCAGGGGGCCUGGACGUGCGGCCACGGCUUCAGCUGGGCCGUGUCUGGGGCCUCUGCCUGUGGGGACGGUUGUUUCAGAAGCGCCCCCGACCCCGGGAAUCGGCCACAGCCGCGGUGUCAGCCCCCAGGGGCCGUGAGCCGGCCCUCCUCGCCCGCCACUGUCACCUCGGCUCCAGCGCACCUGCCGCCAGGACCGAGGGCGCCGUCCCUGCGGCGGCGUGUCCUCGUGCCCGAGGCCUUGGUUGGCGCUGGGAGCGCGAGGGUUGGAUGUGUGUCUGGGGGGGGGGAGCGGCACCCCUGCCAGGAAGGCUGGGCCUGAAGGCCCCCCCACACCCUCUGGCAUGGGCCAGCCCGGGCUGCCUGCGGGGGGCGCUGUUCACCGCUGUGGGGCGGCGGGAAAUACCUCACGCCCCGCAUCCGUCUGCAGGGCCCGACCCCGCCCUCCCCGCGCGGCUCCUGGCGGGGUAACACUCACCCCUUCCCCUUCCCGGGGCUGCGCCUGCCAGGGUGCCUUCUCGCCUGCCCGAGCCAUCGCCGUGGGGACGGGCGGCUCCUGCCCUGUGAGGGCCUCUGCGGGCUUGGGGCUCCCCCCACCCGGGACUGGGGCUUCCCCAGGUGAGCGGGCCCCACGCCCCCCCUGAGCAGGCUGGAGCCCCGGGACCCGUGUCUGCUGCUGCUCAUGGCUGGUCCAAAACCAAGCGACUCGGAGCCCACAGAGGUGCUGUCCAGCAGAGCUGGGGUCCCGCCGCGCCCCCUUGGGCGUCCUGCUGUGCCUCUGGGGCCGGGCGCAAGAAGGCAGAGCCCAGGGAGGGGGUGUGGAGGGGGCCGGGCAGCCUGAGAGCAGGCAGGCCCCACACUGCGGGCUCCACAGCGCGGCUCGGGGAGAGGUGGGUGCCGCGGUAGAUGCAGGCCCUG